AUGGCAUCCCCCGCUCUUCCUUCACUAUCCUCCUUAUCCGUCAAGUAUGAACACGAUGCAGAUGACGGGUCGUGUGAAGCACCUCCGGAGGUCAUAUUAAUACACUGUGACCUUGGAAUAUCCCGCUCGCCAACGAUUAUCAUUGCCUACAUUAUGCGCAAACUAUGCAUGCAGCAAGCAAAUGUAUUAGAAUUUGUUCAGUCUAAGCAAAAAGUCAAACCGAGCUCGAAUCUUACUCGUCAACUUCAGGUUUGGGAGGAAGUUAGAUAUGAAGUAUGGGAGGACGAAGACAAGGCUGUCCCAAAAGCGCCCUACAAAGCUUUUUUAGAGGAUCGCGCUACCCUGUUGAAAAAAUGGCUUACCGGAAACGAAUCGCUUGCGCCUCUAAAUCUCUGA